GGAAAAUUAUUAUGACUGUCGUAUGAAAUUAAAAAAUUUCCUACACAACACACCGGCAUGUUCAAUGUGCGUUAUGAAGAGGGGAGAGAAGAAAUUCUUACAGGAACUCAAUUCAUUCGCUCAUACAUAAGAUUUCUUUAUCUAAACUUUAUGGAAAUCUAUCUCGCCAUCUGGACGAGUGUUGACUUUGACUACAUAAAAUAGCGCAUAUUUAUAGUGAAUCGCUUGU